AUGGGUUGUGGUACACUGUACCAUUCCGCACUACGUAUCACACAUUUUGCGAUGCUCGCGGCCUCUGUCUUCUCGCUGCGCGCACGCAGUAGCUGGGGCUAUUCAAGAAUUAAUCAUAUCGUUAGGCUGCAGCAAACGAAUCAGCUGGGUAAUGUUAUAUGUUUCUCUACGAGAGCUUCUGCGCCUAACUUGAAGGACCUGAAGCCUCAAACAGCGAUCUUGGACCGCGUAGUAGACAAACUCAACGAUUCGAUCAAGAAACAUCCUGGUGAGACCGUCGCUGUACUGUUUGCAUCGGAUGUCCUCAGCAUUGGAGCCAUGUAUAGCGCAAUUACUAUUGCGGGGUCUGAAUUCUCUCCAGAAUUUGCAUUAGCGUUUGCAGCUAGUCGCCCGUUUCGACGCUUUCGUCUGCCGCUGGAUUUGGUCGUUGCUACUGGUGUGGCGAAAGUUUUUCCUGCUUUUUCUCGAGUGCGGCUUUCGUAUUUAUCUCGGGCGUUGCCAAAUCGAGCAAGUGCGUCAGCGUCAACGGCAAUAUCAAAAUCUGGUAUUAUGUCGAAAGCUAUGGACAUGGCCAAGAACGUGAUUGACAAUUACGGUGCUGCAUAUAUGAUGGGCUCUCGUCUGGCUGGCGUCGGUGUGGUUUGUACUCUCUAUGCGCUAAUCAAGCAAGGCGUAGACUUAAUGCCUAUUCUCGCCUCUUUCGGUGUGGAAGAAGUCGGAUCAACACUUGGCGGGUAUGCCGCAGCAGUUGUAUUAAGCUCUUCGCUGUAUCCAGCGACACUGGGUGUCACGGGCUACGUUGCACCUGUUGUCGCCAAGCUACGCAGGAAGAUCAGUCCAUAA